AAGUCCUUGAAGAAAAAUAUUUAAGAUUCUCGAUAUGUGUGUGUAUGUGCUGCAAAGACAAUGGACCCUUAUUUUCAUGAUUUCAAUUUUCGCAAGCGGAAUUUCUUCCACGACAUUGGAAAGAAGCGUAUUGCCACAUUCGGGUGGGUCAAUGACAAACAAAACUGUUGCAACGACGGUGGACUAUGAAAGAGAGAAAAUGACGUCAGACGUAAAAAAUUCCUCUGAGCUACCUGAACACUUACCGAAUGGAAUGACGUCUUUGGAAAACGAAAAGGAGAACGGGAAUUUAACGAAUUGUCAUUUGACGGAUGAAGCGAAGGAUAUGCUCGACUGUAUCGUCGUCCAAUUAGAUGAUACUGCGAGCAAUCAGCCGACAGCAAAUCUAUCACAGGAAAUGCCGACUGUUACAAACAAAACAAAGCAAAAUACCUUCAUGUAUAACAAUACAUACCCCCCAAAAAUUUUUCCCAAAGAUAAGAAUAUAAAGAGCAUCGAUAAAGCAGACGAGGCCACUCGAAAAAGAUUGAAUCUUACCUUGUACACAACAUCGGAAGAGAUUGCAGAUACGUCAUCCACUAUAGCGAUGAAUAAAAAAAGUAAUGGAAAAAAUAUGAAUGCUACAAUAUCAUUAAUGAAUAACAGAAAUAAUAUUCAAGAUACAGGCUUAGAGAAUAAUUUAGAGAUUACAGCACAGAAAUCUAAAGAUAAGGAAGGAACGUCAUGGGGAAUGAUCAUGUUGAUCAUGAUGCUCACAUUUGUGGUAACGAUAUCGAUAAUCUACGCCAGUGUGAUGGUGUGGAAACGUUAUUUUGAAUAUAAAUGCAACAAUCGACAAUUGUUAGACAAUGACUCAGAGUUCGAUGCAAACGACUUGCAUCACUUCGAGUUAUGAUAUCUCUCUACCUCUCAGAGAAAUAUCUGAAGAAAACAGUUAAUUCACGAAUGUCAGUUUAGUUGUUACAAAGCAAUGUUAAGUCUUAAUGAUCUGUGAUAUGUUACAAAAGUGCAUAGAGAAAUUUUAAGCUAAAUAUAAUUCUUGGAAUUGUGAAUAGUAUUUUUUCCAAGUAUGUGCAAUUUAAUGUAAAAUAGAAUAUUUUUUCAUAACAAAUCUGCUAUGCCAUUAUAAUUAAAACUUUGCAAUUGUGAAGUUAAAUUAGUUAUUAUUAAGCAUCUCAAAUAUUAAAAAUGACUUUUGUUAUUUAAGUGCUACAUUUUUAUUUCUACAAUUUUAAUAAAUUGUACUAUGAGAUGUAAAUAUUGCGGAUUUAAUAAAUUACUAAUAUAUUCUUGUAGUCAAAAAAUGCUUUUCAUUAAGAUUAAAUUUACAUGUAUAAUUAAGUAGAUGAAUUUACAAUUGUAAAAAUAUUAUUAAUAAUAAGUAGUAUAAUAAAUUUCAUACGUCCUAUAUACAAUAUUUUUGCUAAAAAAUAACUGCUCCAGAUAUACCUGAAAAGGAAUUAUUUUUCAAUAGUCAAUAUACCUAACAAUAUAAAACCGUGUAUAUAUAGGAAAUAAAUUUAUUUAUAAUCCUUCCCUUAAAAUUCCCAGACAUCUUAAAAAACAAAUUGGCAAAGACGAUAUUUUACAAAAUGUAUCUACAGAAAAGGGUAUAAAUAUAUAUAUACAUAUAUAUUGAAUCCCUCAUCAUAUAUCUAGCUACACUGUGGCGCAUAAAUAUCUUACAAAGGUGAACAACAGAUGUGAUGACAAUCUUUAGGCUUUUUUAUUUGUGAUGACGAGCGGACCCACGUUGUCGC